AUGCCAGUUUCUAUUGAGGAUAACAGACUGGGCACGGGCGUCAUCGCCGCAGCCCCUGCCGAAGCUGUCUCGAAUGUGAUGAUGGACGUCAAUAAACCUGACCCGGUCCCUAGAGAGGAAGAGAGCAAAGCUUCAUCAACCGGUGAAUAUGUGCCUGCCAGUCAGUUAGAGAGACCACCAACAUUUCCCCUUCCGAAGACCGACAAACCUCGCCCUCACGUGUGCUUGACCUGUAUGCGAUCUUUUGCCCGUUUAGAGCACCUAAAACGUCACGAGCGAUCCCACACCAAGGAGAAGCCAUAUGAAUGCCCUGAAUGUGCGCGAUGCUUCGCCAGGCGCGAUCUGCUGCUCCGGCACCAACAGAAACUCCACUCCUCGACCACACCAUCCUCGCGUCCAAGGGCUGGUCGGCGAGAAAGCGCUGCAGGGGUUGCGACUGGGAGAGUGCGCAAAAACUCGACGACAAACGGAGCGCCGUCGAUGAGGCCACGGGCAAACACUCUGAGCCACGUAGACUCUUCGACCCUCGGUAUGCUGGCCAAUUCGACUCGGAAUGUUGGUCGGACGGUCAAACCCGGUCAGAACCAUCCCGAUAACGUGGGCACAAUAGCCAGCUCCCAGGGCUAUACCUAUUGCGGUGCAAAUGUCAACACCCAAGACUUCCAACUUCCCAAGCUUGAAACCCACGGACUUCCUCUUGAUCUUUCGAGUGGCCUGCGUACUGCGCCACCUUUCGGCGGGUUUGGUGCUGAGUUCGGUAUGGGGUUUAUGAGCUUCGACUCAGACCAUGGGGAUACUAUCAAUCCACAUGCACUCCACAUGACUGGCUUACAGGGGCUGGGGCUGGAUGCUUCAUCAUCGCCCUUCCAACACACGUUGCACGGGAUGACAGCUUCCCAGGCAAUGGCUGACGAUGAUGCAAGCUUUGACUGGAUCGCGCAAGGCUUUGAAAACCAGAUGUCGUUUGUACAAGCCAACGAGAACGCAAUCGAUGACUCUUCCCCUUCUGCUAUGAGCACCAACAGCCCAGCUGGGUUGAACGACAUGACAAGCGAUACAAGCUGCGCAGCAAUGCAACACACUGCAGCCUCCAAUGUUAGUCUGUGGUCUACCAGCCUUAUGGCACAGGCACCUAUGGCCAAUAGCCCAGUCAGCAUGGAUUUGAUGUCCACCUUCACUGAGAUGAUGCAUGGCCCAGUUGAGACGAUUUCACCGAAGUCAUUGUUGCCUCGCGGAGCUUCUCUAGACUUCAGCCUUCCAACUCCGCCAGAGUUCGGCUCCCUGGACCCGUCAACAAUGCAGUCAAGCAUGCCCUUCAGUGGUUUCCAACUACCACUUAGUACAGACGGCCCCGCUUCCACCUCAUCCACAGCAUCGAUGGACAGUAAUAGCCUUGGCAAGAGUUCUGUUUCGACAAUGUCUUCCGAUUUAGUGAGUGACCAUGUUCGGAGCGUCUUGAUUGCUGGUCUCUCCCAGAAUGCCGGCUUUGGACAGCGGAAGUACUCGCAGCCGGCCAUUAGUUCACCAUUAUCUCCUGGCAAUCCUUGCCGAGCGCAAGGGUUCAAUGCGAGCACAUUCCCAGGCACCCAGGAGCUCCAACGUUACGUGGCCGCAUACAUCAAGUAUUUCCAUCCCCAUCUCCCCUUUCUCCAUAUUGCUUCGCUCAACUUUGAAUCAUCGGACCAUAUCAACCCAGUCAGGCUCGUAUCGGGCCAAUCUCAGUUUGGCCAGACAGCCGUUGCCGGAGGGGGUAGUUGUCUGAUCUUAUCAAUUGCCGCCAUCGGGGCUCUGUACGAACACGAGGUCUCCCACUCGAGGGAUCUCUUUGAAGGUGCCAAACGUCUCAUUAGCAGCUAUCUGGAAGAACGGCGCAAGGCCAAUAUGACCAAAACGCAGUUCGCCCCGCGACAUGCUACGGAACGGGAGGACACGCCGCUCUGGCUGGUCCAGGCCAUGUUACUGAAUGUCAUAUAUGGACACAACUGUGGUGACAAAACAGCCGCCGAGUUAGCGAGCAAUCACUGUGCAGCCCUGGUCAGCCUUGCGCGCGGUGCCGAACUUGCACGCCCUUCCCAAGGACUCUCUGCGCCCGGCCGUCAAGUCCACUCUGUCAACGGUCAGACGAGUGGCAUCACGCGUGACGGUUGGAAUCCCAUGAUCAAUGACACGGAGGACUCUGACUGGAUAGAGUGGAAAGUGACAGAGGAACGCAAGCGGACUUUGUAUGCUGUCUUCAUACUCUCAAGCAUGCUGGUGACAGCAUAUAACCAUCCUCCAGCACUCACCAAUUCCGAGAUCCGGCUGAACCUACCUUGCGAUGAAGAGUUCUGGACUGCCGAGUCGGCUCUGGCGUGGCGGACCCUUGGAGGAGCAGCAAGCGCAGAGGCCAGCUGCACCACCUUCGCCGAAUCAUUGACUCACCUUCUGAUGGCUGCCCAACGACAGAGGCGGCGUAGCAGUGCAAGUCUUUCGCACGUACCCGCCAGCGAGUCGGAGCUCAAACCGAGCACCUUUGGCUGCCUGAUCCUGGUCAAUGCUUUGCACAACUACAUCUGGGAGACUCGUCAACGGCAUCUCGGACGGCAAUGGACCGCAAGUGAGACUGAGCAAAUGCACGCUCACAUCGAGCCAGCACUUCGUGCUUGGCAAGCUGCUUGGGCGAGCAAUCCCAGCCAUAGCCUCGAGCGCCCAAACCCUUUUGGGGCAGGACCCUUGUCCGCUGAUUGCAUCCCACUGCUUGACCUUGCGUAUGUCCGCCUUUUUGUCAACUUUGGGAGGUCGAAGGAAGCCUUCUGGCAGCGUGACUACGAUGCCAUGGCUGAAGAACUGGCAAAAGGUCCGGAGUCGACCCAAACUCCAGAAACAUCAAAUGGGCUCAAGAAUCAUGCAUCGCCGACAGCUGAAGUGGAAAAUAGACGCGAGGAAUCAGCAACAUCAUCUACAAAAGGUGAGGCCGAUCCAGAUGUUUCGGGACCAAGGGGACCGGAAUUCGGAGAAUCCCAAUUGUCACGGCGAGAACGAUACCUCCGAAAGGCAGCUUACUAUGCAGCCGAUUCAUUGUCAAUCUCGGACAAACUCGGUCUCAGUUUCGCAGAGCAUACUUCUCGGGAGCUGCCCACGCAGUCGGCGAUGUGUGCCUUUGAUUGUGCACAGGUCUUGGCCGAGUGGAUAGCAACGGUCCAGGAGCGGGUGGGUAAGUAUCUUGGGAUUAUCGGCAGAGACGAGAUAAACCUGAUGGAGGUCCCUGGUAUCCUGCUCCUGGAGGACGAAGACAGAAAGUUGAUUCACAAGAUCGACGAAAUCCUGGCAAGUGCUGAACUGAAAAUUGAAUCACAAGCUGGCUACGACCUUGCGGGCGCUCGAGAAGGCGGACACGGAAGCAGAAUUCUGGUCCUGACGGCAUAUCUACUUGAAAGAGAUGCUGUUUGGCCGGUUUUCAAGCUCAUGGCCCGUUCACUCGAAACCCAAGCUGGGCAUAUCAGAGAGCGAGCCUUGGCCUCAAUCGCCCGUUCCUGA